GUCACACGUGUUUAUUUUUAAAUUGUGAUAUUUGGAAUGUUGCGUUAAUAAAUUAAAAUUACAAUGAAUGGGAAAACAAAAUUGUUACGAGACAUAACAGAUGAGUUCGAAGAGAUUUCAAAGAAUCCGGAAUGUUUCUUAAACUCGGAUGUUCAGCUUCAUAAAAAACUAAGAAACAAUUUAAAGCGGACGUAUGAUUUGUCAAAGAGGGAAGAAAUAAAAUCAAUUCAAUCAAAUGCUCUACCUACUCUUAUUAUAAAAAAUUUUGACUUGGAACAAAUAUGGCAACAAAUAGAAUUACAAAACGAUUCUGUAUUGACCCGUUCGCUAACCAGUGUUAGUAAAAUUCUUGUGAAUAAAGAAAACCUUUUAUUCAAAAAUUUGGAGGAGAAAUACAUGGAAAUAAAUGACAAUGAAGAGCAUAAUAAAGAAAAUGUUAAAGAAUCUAACGCUAAUGAAAGUGAUGAAGAAGAAGAUGAUGACAAUCCAUCAAAUAGUGAUAACAUGGACAUACAUAAUGAUAUCUCUGAUGAGGAAAAUCAAACAAAAUCACAGUUUAAUAAACCAAACAAAAAAUCUGUAGUGGAUGAUGAAUUCUUUAAACUAAGUGAAAUGGAGGCAUUUUUAAAUGCUGAAGAGAAAAAACUGGAUGAUCCUGAUUCUGGGAAUGAUUCUGAAGAAUCAGGAUCUGAUGAAGAAGGCAGUGUUGAUAUGUUUAAGGAUAUGUCAGAUGAAGAGGAUCCUGUGAAAACAGCAAAGUAUAAAGAUUUUUUUGUACAAAAGGAGGAAGAAAAGAAACCGACCAAAAGAAAUAAAUUUUUAGAAGAAUUUGACAGUGAUGAAGAUGAUGAUGAUGAUGAGGAAAAUGGUGAAGCACCAAAGUCAUCAUUGGAAUUGAGACAAGAGAGGUUGCAGAAAAAAAUACAAGAAUUAGAAGAAAAUGCAAUAAGUGAAAAACCUUGGCAACUAAAAGGUGAAAUUACAGCAGAAAGUAGACCUCAAAAUUCGUUAUUAGAAGAGAUUGUUGAAUUUGAUAUGACUUCCAGACCUGCACCUGUUAUGACUGAACAAACUUCCUUACAGUUAGAGGACAUAAUUAGACAAAGAAUAAAGGAUAAAGCAUUUGAUAGUGUUGAGCGUAAAGCAAAACCAGUAGACACACCAUUGGAAUACAAAAAGAAAUUGGUAUUGGAUCAGGAAAAGAGCAAGGAGUCACUGGCUCAGAUUUAUGAGAAAGAAUAUUUGGAACAACAGGCAGCUUUGGACCCAAACAAUGCUGAUAAACCAGAAGAAGAACCAGAACUUCACAAAGAAAUUAAAAGUCUCAUGGGUAAAUUAUUUAAUAAGUUGGAUGCAUUGUCCAAUUUCCACUUUACACCCAAACCAGCAGUACCAGAACUAAAAAUUAUCAGUAAUUUGCCAGCAAUUAACAUGGAAGAAGUGGCUCCUGUUGCAGUAAGUGACGGAGCCCUUCUAGCACCUGAAGAAGUUAAAAACAAAACUAAAGGAGAAAUCUUAGGUAAAUCUGAGCGAACCAAAACUGACAUGAAACGAGAAAGAAGGAAAAAGAAAUUAAAACAAAAGCAUCAUGCUCAAGAGAAAGAGAAGAGAGAAAGCAAAACUAAUACUUCUAAUAGAGGUUUUAGUAAUAAACGUAAUCAACAAAAUGCAGAGACUUUGAUAAAGAAGUCUAGAAAUAUAAAUAAGAUGGACGAAUCUACUGGUUCGAAGAGUCUUAAGUCGUCAUCAGCUUUCUUCACGCAACUGCAGGAUGAAGUUCAAACACAUAUUACUAAUAAAGUUAAUAAAACUAAGAAAAACACUGAUUCCAAAACGAUAUCUUCUAAAAUUAAGUUGUAAUUUAUAGAUGAAUAAAAAAAAUAAAUGAAUCUUUUUAAUUUUUGUUACUGAUUUAAAUCAAAAGCAUUUUAAUACAUUUAAAAGCGUAUUGUGUAGAUAUCAAUCAAAAUAUUAUUUUAGCUAAAAAUAUUUGGCAGCUCGGGUAUUUCUAAUACAAGUUUAA